AUGAGUGAAAAAGGCCUCAUCAUCAAAGACUCCAGACAACGCCAAGCAUUCAGCGCUCAAUAUUCUCCUGAACAAGCACAAUCUAUCAACAUCAAUAGACAGCAUCAUAAGAGCGAUCAAGCCCUUUAUUAUCAACCUACACCUCCACCAGAAACAGUUGUUGUGCAUUCAGUACCCGAGAAAACAAAUGAUGCUUGCUGUUGGGGAUGGUAA